GGCCGAUAUGUCAACACACGGGAGCAUCGUCCGUGACAUAAUCAAAUUCAACAGUUACACUUCUUCCAGAGACAAAAUAUACAGAAUUUGCCAAUAUGCAUCUAGACUGGUUCUAUGGUAUAUGGCAAGGCAGGGAAAGACUGCAGGGGAUCUACAGGAAUGGUUUCAAAAACUAGAGGCUGCUAUGACCACGUCCAGAAAGUUAUUUAGACUUGCAACAUCACUAGAAUUUUUGCAGAAGGCUGUGGAUGCAUCCAAAGUCACAGACAAUGCGUUAGUGGUGACGAUACUGGGUGGGAUGCUUGGCAAAGCUCUCUGGCUUCUCAUCGAUCACUUAUUGUGGUUGGGGAAAGUCAACUUAGUGCAGGUUGAUAUGAAAAAAUGGUCUAGAAGAGCUUCGUGGUUUUGGCUAGUUGGUCAAAUAUUCCUGGUCGCCCGUGACGUGCGGAAAUUACAACUGCUGAUGAUCCGUGCGAAAAAAAUCCAAAGGCACGGCGAAGAAAACCGCGAGUCGACGGGGACUUUACGCAAAGAUUUCCAUACCGCUCGUUUGGAAGCGGCGAAAGACAUUCUUGAUAUUUUGAUACCGCUUUCUUCGCUUGAGUUUAUCAGUAAGGGUUUUGGAGCCGGGGGAGGGCUGUUGUCAUCUUUUAUUGGGUUUAGAUUAGAAUGGGAGAAAAACGUACGGCCAUAUACUACAAAAGUUAAGGUGUGAGUAUGGGUCUGGUAAAUAUUUAUUUUGACUGGUUUAUCAGUAAAUCACUGAAGGAUAAACAAGGCUACAGAGAUAAGCGAUCAGUCAACAAAGUUGCUGCAGUAAUGAUGAGAAAUAUGUUACCGUGAGUAUUCAACGGAAAAUUGGAUCGAUCGAAAUUGAUUUAUAGUGCAGUAAGCAUCUUGGUUGAAUUAUCUUUUACCUGCCGUUGCGUUAUUGACGUGCAACAAUUAUAGUUUUUGAAUACUUAGAUGUUCAAGUAAUAACUGUCUUUAUUGAGCAUUUGGCGGUGGUUUGUCCAUAAAAUGAAGGAUAGGAAGAGAUGGCUUGAUAAGAAUCUGUGAGCGUGAUGUAUGAGUUAUGAAAGCUCAGAUAUGACGCAAACGAGCUGGCUACUAGACGAAAAUAUUAGUGAUAAUAUCGAAAAUAUUUUGUCUGCGUCCUCUCUUCUUACGUCAGGCGCAGUGGAAUCAAUACACAGAAUCAACGCCUGAUGAACAGAGGCUAUCAUUUCCAAUAGAAACGCUAAAACUGUAUUAUGUCAACGACUUUGAAUGAUCUCAUGUUGGUUCAGAUCGCAAAGUAAUUAUCGUUCACAGUUCUUUCAAAAAAAA